AUGGAGAUUGACUCCGAUAUUACCCGGCUUGAAAGAGGAGAACCUAACAAAGUGGACGACAACAUCCCUCAAGAGACAGGAGAAAGCGAAGCAACAAAUACAACAGAACAGAAAAGCGAAAACCCAGGGAAUGGUACUCCAGAGAUGAACCAACAAAGUAAAGACACUGGAACACUGGCUACGGAAAAUUCUACGAAAGAGACAAAUUUGCAUAGCGCAGAUAACGACGUCAACGACGUCAACCAAUUAUUUGUCUCCCAAACGCUACCUUUAGACAGCAAACAGUCCUCCAGUAAGGAAACGGCCCAAGAGCAUGUGUCAGACAACAAACGGUCCUCCGAUGGAGAAAUAGGACGACGUCCAAAGGACUUUGCGGACUUUAUCAUUGAUCUUACACAAGACGACGACUCUCCUAGCUUUUCCUUAGAAGAGGGAACAGUUCUGCUCAGGGCACGAGGUGGGAAACUUUCUCUCAACUCGAAAUUCUAUGAGAAGGCAUGCACCCAAGUGAAGAACUUUCGGGAUUGGGCUGGAAAAAACUUGGAUAUUGACUGGGAUGGAGAAGCACGGGAAGGUAGAGAUGAUCGAAGCCCCACUCCCUUAGAAGAAACGCCAGAGCCGGAAGAUAUCGCCCGAAAUACCGCAAGAAAGAACAACCCGGCACCAGCCGCAUCAAAUCCAGCUGCUUCAAACCAAGCUGCCUCAAACCAAGCUGCCUCAAACCAAGCUGCCUCAAACCAAGCUUCCUCAAACCAAGCUGCCUCAAACCAAGCUGCCUCAAACCAAGCUGCCUCAAACCAAGCUGCCUCAAACCAAGCUGCCUCAAACCAAGCUCCCUCAAACCAAGCUGCCUCAAACCAAGCUGCCUCAAACCAAGCUGCCUCAAACCAAACGGACUCGAACCGGGCUGCUGUGAAUUUGAACAGUUUAAAUAGAGGAAACCCGUCUUUAUCACAGGAUAACCAGGCUACAGCUUUGGGUGGGGAGGAUGAGGAAGAUCCGGAAUUGAUCAGCACAUUCUAUGAAGCAUUACUAGACAAGAAGGGGGUUGACUCUACAAUCCCAUGGAAAGAACUCCCUGAUGCACUGUUUGCAGAAUUUCAAGCUGCCGCCAAGAUAUACAUCAGACAUUUGAAAAAGCAGAAUAUCAGUGUUGCGGAUGACAUGGGCAUCGGAAAGGGGUUUAAAAAGGGAACCUUCUAUACCCCCGUUGCCUUAGCUGCCUGA